AUGGGCGACAUCGGGCUGCAUCAACGGCCGAAUUGCAUAGCUCUUUGGCCCACGACAUUGGUCACGUCAUUCGGACCUAUUGCCCGAUGCAAUAGAAGUCUUGGAAGGUCAGAGAUGCGAACAGAGGUGCUUGGACAGUUGUUGGCAUUUGAUGAUCCGCAUGUUGCUCUUCAGGAGGGUUGCCUGAAAGAGUUGGAGGGGCGGGAGGAUAGUUGGACUUGGCUCUGCGGUCAUUUUCAGGAGUUUGAUUAUGUGAAGGCGGCGAAAGCAAAUAAGGGCAAUAGGAACAAGAAGACGCUUCUCCACCAUUCAAGUCCCAGGCCAUUCUCAUAUAGGAUGGAGGCGCGGCGGCGGGCGACGAUGCUGGAGAGGAGCCAGUUGGUUCUUCAUGAGUCUGCCUCUCAGCUUCCUCCUAACACUCCACUUGAGUCCGUGGAUCCUCCACAAGAUGCGGGGUUUCAGAUCCUAACCAAGACCUUGGAUCAAACUCUCGGGAUAGGGAAUGCCAGGCGGCGGGAACCUAUAGGCCCUUCAUCGUCGCAAUCAAAUCAAGUGACUGCUUUGACAACAGAGGUGGCCGAGCCGAAGACCCAACUCGCCUCAUAUAGUACCCAGAUGUCACAGUCAAACCAAGUGACUGCUUUGAUGUCACAGCUUCUAGCAUCGAUCGUUCGGUCCGGCGUUCCAGCUUCGAAUGUUGGUCCCUCGUCCACCUCCGACUCUAUCCAAUCCGAGCAUGGCCACCAGACCUCUGCUCUUGUCGACCAUGUCCAGACUUUUGAGCCGCAUUUGCAAAACGACGACAUAGAUUUUGGAAUAUUAUUUUGA